UCAGCGCCUUCUGACAAAUCUGCCAUCUGGAUUAGAGCAAAGGGAAGAUUUAUAUUUAUGUCUCAUUUUGUGUGGAUUAUGCGGAAACGUUGGAACCCGUCGAACAGUUUGAUAAAAGAAGAAAAAAAAAAGGAUUUCUAAGUGAGGUUUGGUUUGGUUCAGGGCGCAGCCUGCAUUGAAAAUCUGCAAUUUUCUUGCAUCCUUUUUGUUGUUGUUUCACUCUUGAGAGUCCAGGAUGAUGCAUUCGAAGCAGAAGGCUUUCAGAGGAAGGAUGUAGCUGCUAUUGUGGAUGGGACACACCUAAUGACCAAGUAGCUGCAGGAUGAAAACAUGGCUGCACCCCUUCUUGCACCGCCAGGACCUGAUAGCUUCAAGAAGUUCACGAGGGAAUCUUUGGUGGUCCUUGAGCAGCGCCUCAAAGAGGAGAAGAACAAGAAGCCACCCAAGCAGGACAGCAGCUACCGCGACGACGAUGACGAGAAUAAACCCAAACCCAACAGCGACCUGGAGGCCGGGAAGAGCCUGCCCUACAUCUAUGGGGACAUCCCUAAAGGAAUGGUGGCGGUACCACUGGAGGAUUUGGAUCCGUUCUACCUGAACUCUCAAAAAACAUUUAUAGUGAUAAAUAAAGGGAAGACAAUCUUCCGUUUUAGUGCCACACCUGCCUUGUACUUCAUAAGUCCUUUCAAUCUGGCUAGGCGAAUAGCUAUUAAAAUUUUGAUACAUUCUCUUUUCAGCAUGAUCAUUAUGUGUACUAUUUUGACCAACUGUAUAUUCAUGACCUUUAGUGAUCCCCCUGAGUGGUCAAAACAAGUAGAAUACACAUUCACAGGAAUUUAUACAUUUGAGUCUCUUGUAAAAAUCACCGCACGUGGAUUCUGUAUAGAUAAUUUUACAUUCCUAAGAGAUCCAUGGAAUUGGCUGGAUUUCAUGGUCAUUUCGAUGGCAUAUGUAACAGAGUUUGUGGACCUGGGCAAUGUAUCUGCGCUGAGAACGUUCAGAGUUCUCCGAGCAUUGAAAACUAUCUCUGUCAUUCCAGGCCUGAAGACCAUUGUGGGAGCUCUGAUCCAGUCUGUGAAGAAGCUUUCAGAUGUGAUGAUCCUCACCGUCUUCUGCUUGAGCGUGUUCGCCCUGAUCGGCCUUCAGCUCUUCAUGGGGAACCUGCGGCAGAAGUGCGUCAUCUGGCCAAUCAACCUCAAUGGGACUUACCUGAACAACGGCAGCAAGGGCUUUGACUGGAACGAGUACAUCAACAACGACACCAAUUUCUACUUCCUGCCUGGUCAGCUGGACGCUCUGCUCUGUGGGAACAGCUCCGACUCUGGCCGCUGCCCGGAGGGCUACAUGUGCAUGAAAGCUGGGAGGAAUCCAAACUACGGCUACACCAGCUUUGACAGCUUCGGCUGGGCCUUCCUGGCUCUCUUCCGACUCAUGACGCAGGACUUCUGGGAGAACCUGUACAUGCUGACCUUGAGGGCUGCAGGAAAGACCUACAUGAUCUUCUUCGUCUUGGUGAUCUUUGUGGGCUCGUUCUACUUGGUGAAUCUGAUUCUGGCUGUGGUAGCCAUGGCUUACGAGGAGCAGAACCAGGCCACCAUGGAGGAGGCUGCGCAGAAGGAGGAGGAGUUUAAGGCCAUGCUGGAGCAGCUCAAGAAACAGCAGGAGGAGCAGACUGCGCCCCCUGCAACCUCUGCUGGCACGGUGUCGGAGGAUGCGGUGGAGGACGACGGAGGAGGCCGUCUGUCUGUCAGCUCUUCGGAGAUGUCGAAGCUCAGCUCCAAGAGUGCCAAAGAGCGCCGCAACCGCAAAAAGAAGUGGCGGCAGAAGGAGCAGGAGAAGGAGAAAGGCGACAGCGAGAAGUUUGUGAAGUCCGAGUCGGAUGACGGCAGCAAGAGGAGCCGCUUCCGUUUCCCUGAUAACCGCUUGGGUCGAAAGUCUUCCAUUAUGAACCAGUCCCUCCUGAGCAUUCCCGGCUCGCCUUUCCUCUCCCGUCACAACAGCAAGAGCAGCAUCUUCAGCUUCAAGGGCCGCAGCAAGGACAUGGGCUCCGAGACCGAAUUUGCCGACGACGAGCACAGCACGGUGGAGGAGUGCGAGGAGCGCCGCGGCUCCCUCUUCAGCCCCUACCGGCGGAGCAGCUACACCGGUUUCCACGGGAAGAGGAACAGCACGGUGGAUUGCAACGGAGUGGUGUCGCUCAUCGGCCCAGGGCCCGGUGGACGCCUUCUGCCUGAGGUGAAAAUAGAUAAGGCAGCUUCUGACAGCAGUCCGACUACUGAGGUUGAGGUGAAGAAGAAGCUGUCGGGCUCCCUGAUGGUGUCUGUGGACCAGCUCAAUACCUCCUUUGGGCGGAAAGAGCGGGCCAACAGUGUCAUGAGCGUCAUUACCAACACAUUAGCGGAGGAACUGGAGGAGUCUCAGCGGAAGUGUCCGCCAUGCUGGUAUAAGUUUUCUAACACAUUCCUGAUCUGGGAAUGUUCCCCAACUUGGAUUAAGAUCAAGGAGAUUGUAAACUUGAUAGUCAUGGAUCCCUUCGUGGACCUGGCCAUCACUAUCUGUAUCGUCCUCAACACCCUCUUCAUGGCCAUGGAGCACUACCCCAUGACGUCCGACUUUGAGGACAUGCUGUCUGUUGGCAAUCUGGUGUUCACAGGGAUCUUUGCAGGGGAGAUGCUUUUCAAGCUUGUGGCUAUGGAUCCGUACUACUAUUUCCAGGAGGCCUGGAACUGUUUUGAUGGAUUCAUUGUGACGCUGAGUUUAGUGGAGCUGGCUCUGGCUGAUGUUGAAGGCCUCUCUGUGCUGCGAUCAUUCCGAUUGCUGAGAGUGUUUAAGUUGGCCAAGUCCUGGCCAACUCUCAACAUGCUGAUCAAGAUCAUUGGUAACUCGGUGGGAGCCUUGGGAAACCUGACUCUGGUGCUGGCCAUCAUCGUCUUCAUUUUUGCUGUGGUGGGCAUGCAGCUGUUUGGAAAGAGCUACAAAGACUGUGUGUGUAAGAUUGCUGCUGACUGCGAGCUGCCUCGCUGGCACAUGAACGACUUCUUCCACUCGUUCCUGAUCGUCUUCCGGGUGCUGUGUGGAGAGUGGAUCGAGACCAUGUGGGACUGCAUGGAGGUAGCGGGGCAGGGAAUGUGCCUCAUCGUGUUUAUGAUGGUCAUGGUCAUCGGUAACCUGGUGGUGUUGAAUCUGUUCCUUGCCUUGCUGCUGAGCUCGUUCAGCGCAGACAACUUGGCUGCGACAGAUGACGACGGUGAGCCUAACAACCUCCAGAUCUCUGUCAUGCGCAUUAAAAAGGGAAUUGCCUGGAUAAAAGCUAAGGUGCGCAUACUGGCGGCGAGCCUGCUGCGGAAACCUCCCAUGGAGGACGAGCAGAAGCCUCUGGAGGACAUGUGUGACACCAAGGUGAACUACAUUGGCAAUCACACCGGGGUCGACAUCAAACGUGACCUGGAUUACGCCAAGAAUGGAAACGGGACCACCAGCGGCAUCGGCAGCAGCGUGGGCAAGUACAUGAUUGAUGAGGACCACAUGUCGUUCAUCCACAACCCCAAUCUAACAGUCUGCGUGCCCAUUGCUGUUGGCGAGUCUGACUUUGAGAACCUCAACACAGAGGAUUUCAGCAGCGAGUCAGACAUUGAGAACAGCAAAGAGCUGGACGACACCAGCUCGUCAGAGGGCAGCACCAUCGACAUCAAGCCAGACGUAGAGGAGGUGGUGGUAGUGGAGACGGUGGAGGAAUACAUGGAACCAGAACCAUGCUGGACAGACGCCUGCGUGGCCAAAUAUAAAUGCUGCGACGUUGACAUCACCAUGGGCUGGGGGAAGAACUGGUGGUUCCUGAGGAAAACCUGCUACCUGAUCGUGGAGCACAACUGGUUCGAGACCCUCAUCAUCUUCAUGAUCCUCCUCAGUAGUGGUGCCCUGGCCUUUGAGGAUGUGUACAUUGAGCAGAGGAAGACCAUUCGCAUCAUUUUGGAGUACGCCGACAGGGUUUUCACCUACAUCUUCAUCCUGGAGAUGUUGCUGAAGUGGGUUGCCUAUGGCUUUGUCAAGUAUUUCACCAAUGCUUGGUGCUGGCUGGACUUCUUCAUUGUAGAUGUGUCUAUAGUCAGCCUUGUAGCUAAUGCGCUGGGCUACUCCGAUCUAGGGCCCAUUAAAUCACUCAGGACACUAAGGGCCUUGAGACCCCUCAGAGCCUUGUCACGUUUUGAAGGGAUGAGGGUGGUAGUCAACGCCUUGGUGGGUGCCAUCCCUUCCAUUAUGAAUGUGUUGCUGGUUUGCCUCAUCUUUUGGCUGAUUUUCAGUAUCAUGGGGGUCAACUUGUUUGCGGGCAAGUACUACUACUGUUUCAAUCAGACGUCAGAGGAAUAUUUUGACAUCGAAGUUGUCAACAACAAGACCCAGUGUGAGGCGCUUAUUAGAGAUAACCAUACUGAGGUCAGGUGGAAGAACGUCAAGAUCAACUUUGACAAUGUGGGCGCUGGCUACCUCGCCUUGUUGCAAGUGGCCACAUUCAAGGGUUGGAUGGACAUAAUGUACGCUGCAGUGGAUUCCAGAAAUGUGGAAGACCAGCCCAAAUAUGAAGUCAACAUUUACAUGUACAUCUACUUUGUUGUCUUCAUCAUUUUCGGGUCCUUCUUCACCCUGAACCUCUUCAUUGGUGUGAUCAUUGACAACUUCAACCAGCAGAAGAAAAAGUUUGGAGGUCAGGAUAUCUUCAUGACGGAGGAACAGAAGAAGUACUACAACGCCAUGAAAAAGUUGGGCUCCAAAAAGCCACAGAAGCCCAUCCCUCGACCACAGAACAAGAUCCAGGGAUACGUGUUUGACUUUGUGACGCAGCAGGUCUUUGACAUCUCUAUCAUGAUACUGAUCUGCCUCAACAUGGUCACUAUGAUGGUGGAAACAGACGAUCAGUCAGAACAAACAGAAAUGGUUCUCUACUGGGUCAACUUCAUCUUCAUCGUGGUCUUCACCACAGAGUUCUUGCUGAAGCUUUUCGCGCUACGCCAUUAUUACUUCACCAACGGAUGGAACAUCUUCGACGUGGUGGUUGUCAUCCUCUCUAUCGUCGGUAUGUUCCUGGCUGACAUCAUUGAGAAGUACUUUGUGUCACCGACCUUGUUCAGGGUCAUCAGGUUGGCUCGUAUUGGCCGGAUCCUGCGUCUGAUCAAAGGAGCUAAAGGCAUCCGGACUUUGCUCUUCGCCCUGAUGAUGUCCUUGCCGGCCUUGUUCAACAUCGGCCUGCUACUUUUCCUGGUCAUGUUCAUCUUCUCCAUCUUUGGCAUGUCCAACUUCGGCUAUGUAAAGCACGGAGCGGGUAUCGACGACCUGUACAACUUCGAAACCUUCGGCAACAGCAUGAUCAUCCUGUUCAUGAUCACCACGUCGGCCGGCUGGGACGGCUUGCUGCUGCCAAUUCUGAACUACCCGCCGGACUGCGACCCCAGCUUGGAGAACCCUGGCACUUCGGUGAAGGGCAACUGUGGGAAUCCCUCAGUGGGGAUUUUCUUUUUUGUCAUGUACAUUAUUAUUUCUUUCCUGAUCGUGGUUAACAUGUACAUUGCCAUCAUUCUGGAGAACUUCAGCGUGGCCACUGAGGAAAGUGCCGAUCCUCUCAGUGAGGACGACUUUGAGACCUUCUAUGAGAUCUGGGAGAAAUUUGAUCCCACUGCCUCCCAGUUCAUUAGUUUCGCCAAGCUGCCUGACUUUGCCGACGCUUUGGAGCACCCGCUUCGCGUGCCGAAGCCCAACACUAUAGAACUGAUCGCCAUGGACAUGCCUAUGGUGAGUGGCGAUCGCAUUCACUGCCUCGACAUCCUGUUUGCCUUCACGAAGCGUGUGCUGGGCGACAGCGGCGAGCUGGACAUGCUGCGGACGCAGAUGGAGGAGCGCUUCGUGGCCGCCAACCCGUCCAAGGUGUCGUACGAGCCCAUCACCACGACGCUGCGCCGUAAGCAGGAGGACGUAUCUGCCAGAAUCAUCCAGAACGCCUACCGCACCCAUCUCAUCAGGCGCGGCAUCAUCUUCAAGCGGCACAUUUUAUCUAGUAACAAGCUUGAGAACGGCGGGACCAACCAGGAGAAGAAGGAGAGCACGCCAUCCACGGCCUCUCUUCCGUCCUACGACAGUGUGACCAAACCUGACAAAGAGAAGCAGGACAAAAGCAAGGAGGACUGGGCCAGGAAAGAGAAGGACAAGAACCAGAAAGAUGAGUGGGAAUCCAAAUGUUAGGAUCCAGUGACUCCAAAAUCUCAAUUUAAACACAACGAGAACAGACUUUGGGCCCAGACACCCAACAAAUGUAGAAAAACCAUUUGCAAGUAAGAUUAAAAUCAAGGAGGAAAAAAAAAAAAAAAAAUGUUUACAUACUCAAAUAUACUGAGGCAAUGUGGUUUCCUAUGUUGUCAAAGACGGCUGAACCAAACGCAAUCAGUUUACUGUGGAACUUCUGCUGCACAGCGACCAAGUUCAUAGAAAUGAGGAGUAAACACAAAAAAACAGGAACUCACGCAUUUCUUUGGGGGACCAACUGCCACAGAAUCCACCGCUCGACGUUUGGAGCGCUGCGGAUCUCCUGCCACCACCGAGUGUGGAUUAACCCUGCUGCAACGCUCCGGCGCCGUGGCACUGGAUCGCUCGGAUCCCGACAGAACUGUGUCAGCAGUCUAAAGGAGGGGUCUGUAACUCCUGAGUUUACUGUCUUUAUCAAGAAGAGAAGCAUAAUCACCCUGAGGAAGUUUAGCUUUUUGACGGAUGCACUAGAGGCGGGGAGGAGACAAAGAGUUUUAUUUUUCAUUCAUUUGAUUAAAUGUGCAUCUUCACAUUAUUUGAGCAGCAAAAAAAAUAAUAAGAUAACAUUUAUCCCAUGUCAUUGGUCUUUUCAUCCACUCUUUGUAAUACUGAUGCUGAAAAAGACUUUUUCUAACAUGGGCUCUCACGCUGGAAUGGGUACGACUCACUAGUCUGUGUAAUUUGGAUGGAGUUCCUGAUAAAAAUAAUUUUUGUGCUUGUUAAAUGCAUAGAAAUGACUUGCAUGAAGGCAUGUUUUGAUCAGGAGUCAUGCAUGAGUAAUCAUAGUCCACAAGACACUAAUUGUCAGACCACCGCAGUGGCUCAAUUAAGCGCUUGAGACUGUCCGCCGAGGAAGCUAGGAGAACCGCAAAUGGAGAAUGCAGUUUUAGGAAAUAUUACAGAAUGACAUUUGUAUUUCACAAAUUUUUACCUGAUUUAUUUCAACCUCUGCUGAAGUGAACAUGGGAAUAAUCAACGCAGGCGCUCAGAGCCACGGUCUUGGUUGGAGUCUCUGAAUGUUGAUAGCUUUGAAGGUUUGCGGCGCAGGCAGAAUAUCCUCAUGUUGAGGCUGCACAGCACUUGGAAGGACAUUCAAGCAGUUCUGAUCAAAUCUGAGGAUUUCUUGGUGAACUUAUUGCCAUUUAAACUGUCUCUUUCCUCACUGAACUCUGGUGAAUGCCAUAACCAUGAGAGCAGGGGAUGUAUCACGCCAAGGAAUCCAAAAUCCAGUGUGCUCAAUUAUUGGUAGGUGUCCCAUCUGCUGCAGAGGGAUCAGGUAUAAGAUUUGAAUUUUCGUUUCGGUUGCUUUUUUUUCCUUUUGUGUUCUUGUUUCAAAGCAAGAGGAAGGACUUAAAACUGUGUUGAGGCGAAGGCAGUAGGUAAUAGUUUUACUGAGCAACUUUCCCUGAAGAUAGUCGUAUUUACAAUGUGAGUUCAGCGUAAGAUUGUCCUUGGGAUGCGUGUUUCAGGCCGUGCUGUUUAGAAAAUUUGAGUUGUUAGCUUUACAUAUAUAUUUUUAAAAAGCCUUUAAGUCUUUCACUGAUGUCCAUAUGAUGCAAUCUUUCCCAAAAAUAAAAGGAUCGGUGAAAGUGACAUCUGAUACAGCAGAGGUAGCAGAAAAUUUUUGCAGGGACAUGUCUUGUGCUUAGCAUGUGUGGAAAGUGUGGACUAGGAGGAACUGUGAGGCUUCAGGGAUGGGUGAAAAAUACCAGCGGACCAAUAUGUAGAUCGAGACCCUCCCUUCAGUGUUUCCGACUGACUGCCAUGAGAACAAGAGAUGAAGGCGAGAGCAGCAGGCGGUGAAGGUGCUUUUUGGUCUGAACUGGGAGUGCUGAAAGUCCCAUGUUUGUCAGUGUAUCAUUGUGCUUCUGUGGGACCUCUUUGAACACUGUGUGGUCUUGCACCAUCUCUUCGCGAACCUGCAGGCUUUCGAAACGCUUAUCACCUGCCUAAAACGAGAGACAGAGGUAGAGGAGUGGGAAAUUAUGAGCAGACCUCACGUCGAAGCAGCUAUGUUGUCUAAAUAAGCUUUGUGGGUGUUUUUCACAAAUAAACUGGAGGCUUCGCCAACUGCCUCCAUCGACGUCCUGCCACUUAUUUUCUACGCGGUGGAAAUGGUCCUAUUUCUUAGUGGAUGGUCAGACACAAACCUGGCAUCCGGCGUCACACCACUGUUGCCAUUUGGUGUGCUCAACACUGCCUGUACCAAUCUAUCCCCCCACCCCUGUACAACAGCAAAUGAGGUCUGUUUACAAUACGAGGUCUCUGAACCAGUUUGGCGGCUGCACACUGAAACCAAAUACAUUCCCAAUGAGGACCACAGGAGGAGCGAGUAAGGUCAUCCAAACUUACCCAUGUUCAUCUUGGAUGUAAUAUUUUAGAGUUAUAAACAUUCACGUUUAAAAAAUAUGAAAAAAGUAAAAAAAAACAAACAAAAAAAACCAUAAAAGAAAAAAAAAAACCCACAUGUAUAUGUACAGUGCAGGCUAUGAUGUAAAUGGCACAAUCGCUGAAAAAGAAUGAACUUUUUGAGAGAAGCUAUAAAUAUUGUAUUAUAUUGUUUUAUUUUAAUGGCAUGCUUUGUUGUGUUUUUUUGUAAAUACAGAAUUUUAAAAAUGUUACUACUAAUAAUCAAAAAGUGAAUAAUAACAAUAAUAUAGAAUGGCUUCCAGCUAUGCCCUUUGUCACAUUUGUUACUUUUUGGAUUUUUUGAGACACUUUUCACUUUGUUGACGGAAACUGAAUGAAAUAUAGAUAUUAUAUAAUUCAAAAAGAUAUAUACAUGUAUACAUAUGUGUCUAUAUGUAUAUACAUAAAACAGGAGAACACUGUCACAUUUGAUUUAUGUGCAACACAUUCACGUGGAUGUCUAAAGAAAAAAGAAAAUUUACAAACUGGUUGUUUCCAGCACUCUUCUCAAUGUUGGGGGGGAAAAAAAAUAGCUCAUGUGCAAUGUUACUGGAUGUAGCCUGAUCAUGACUUUAAAAGGAUAUUGUUACCAGCACAUUUAUCACUUAACUGUUGUAUCUAUCACAUUCAGAGCACACACACCAUUCCUACAGACACACUUCAAGGAAACUCUCUUCACUGCCCACCAACUUUACAGGUGAUUUUAUUCCAAGAUGACGUCAACAAGCGUGACUGACUUGUUCUUACAUACUAUGAUACUGCCACCUAAACACACACACACACACACACGCAUGCAAACAUGAGUGCCAUUGCAGCUCAACACACCUGCAGUCAUUUUCUCAUCAUCAUCACUAUCCUUUAGUUGAACGGUUCGUUUCUCGUGUUCCACUCUAUGGCAUGUGCCUUUUUUCUGCUUUUUCUGCAAAUUUGGAUGUCAAUGCCACUCUGAAGAAAAAAAAAAAAAAACUAACAAUGAGAAACAUGUGUCUAAAUUGAGGAGGGUGGGGAUUUCUCUUUUUUUUUUCUUUCUUUUUGGGGUGGGGUUGAUUAAUCAGGAAUGUGAGGUCAGGUGUACAAGUGGAGGAUCUUCCAGAAAUUCAGCUCCCAUCGUUCUAUUUAUGAGUGUGUGAUGUUAACAGAAAAAAAACAACUAACUCGAAAAAAUAUUUAAAAAAUGUCCUGUUCUUAGUGCUACACGUGUCACUCACUUGGCUUGUGAAAAAGCAGCUUGCCUUCUGUAUUUUGGUUUGAUUUCUUCCGUAUUUCUGUUUCCAUCUGAAAUUUAUUUUUGUAUCAAUAAUUGAUUAUAGGAGUUAUUCUUUUUUAGCAUGGUUUAUUAUGAGCUUUUUUUUUUCUUUUUGCUGAAAAAAAAAUUACUUAAAAAAAGUGCUUUUCAAACUGUUAUCAUUUGACACCGUGACAAAAGAGGAUAUACAGUACAAUACGAUGGUGUGUUGCACAACCACUUGGACUCUUGGUUUAGAAUAUAUGAAAGAUUGUCUUCAUUUGAGCACGAAACUUUUUAUUACCAAUAAAGCAGCCUUCCAGUUACAA